CGAAACGCCGUUACUGGAGCAUUAUUGAAUCCCAUGCCUCGCUCACCAAACUCGGCCGAAAUGUCGGAUGCUGCUGAGCACACUGAGCCCUCUCCUAUGCAGGAGGUGCAGGACCUCACCGGCGAUGCGGACGACGCUGUCGAGGGCGAGGAAGCCGAACCGGAUAUGAGGCUCGAGAGUGAGGAGUACAGGACGUGGAAGAAGAACACGCCGUUCCUAUACGACCUCGUGAUAACCCACUCGCUUGAUUGGCCGUCGCUUACAGUGCAAUGGCUGUCUGGAUCAACCAACAACACGUCAGAUUUCUGCGAGUAUGAACUUUUGCUGGGCACAAACACGUCGGGGGCUGAGCAAAAUAAGGUAAUGAAGGCCAAAGUGUGGUUGCCUCUUGACGACGCAUGUAAGUUGAAUGAGGAGACCCAAGAGCUGGGUGACUACAACAAUGCCAUUGAACGCAAGGUGACGACCUCGCUUAGUUUUAGCCACGAAGGCGAGGUGAAUCGAGCGCGUUGCAUGCCGUCGGAUAACCUCUUUGUUGCGACCAAGACUCCAAGUGCUGAGGUGCACGUGUUCGACAUUUCGAAGAUUAAAACGGAUGCUGGAGAAAGUAUUGAACCGACACAUCGACUGCUGGGCCACACCAAGGAAGGCUUUGGUCUCUGUUGGGACCCGCACCAGACGCAUCAUCUCAUCUCCGGGUCCAACGACGCCAUCAUUUGCGAAUGGGAUAUUAGCAAGGCUGGCACUACAGUGGAGCCCCUGAACAAAUACACUGGCCACACCGACGUUAUCGAGGACGUGGCAUGGCACUGGCAUCACCCAAAGAUUAUCGGAUCGGUCGGUGAUGACAAGAAGCUGCUCAUCUGGGAUUUGCGGUCGGAGAGCCACGAUAAGCCAGCAGCGACCGUAUUUGCUCACUCGGCUGAAGUCAACUGUCUGGCGUUUAGUCCAUCGAACGAGUAUUUAGUUGCCACGGGGUCGUCGGAUAAGCAGAUUAACUUGUGGGAUCUGCGCAACCUGAAGACCAAACUGCACUCUCUGGAAGGACACACAGACGAAGUCUACCAGAUCCAGUGGUCUCCACACCAUGACGGCGUCCUCGGUUCCUGUUCCGCUGAUUGUCGUGUGCUCAUUUGGGAUCUUACCAAGAUUGGAGAAGAGCAGGCAGCUGAAGACGCUAAAGACGGCCCGCCUGAGCUGCUGUUCAUUCAUGCGGGUCACACGGCCAGCGUUGUGGACUUCUCGUGGCAUCCGAACGAGCCGUGGGUGGUGUCUUCGGUUGCUGACGACAACAUCUUACAGAUCUGGCAGAUGGCCGAUCACAUUUACAACGGCAAAGGUCAGGAAACUGGACAGAAGGAAAUUGCCGACGAUGAGCUCGACGCUGUGCCACUUAAACCCAAGGUGUACGGUGCCAUCUUCGAUAUGGAUGGCACGCUUCUAGACACUGAAGAGCUGAGUCGGAUCGUGAUUGACGGCAUAAUGCGCAAGUUUGGCAAGGAGUUCACAAUGGCAAUGCACAAGACCACUUUAGGACGUCCUCCCGCUGAUUGGACUCGCAUGGCCAUCACUGCGGCCGGUCUCAGCGAGGAGAUUGGCAUUACUCCAGAAGAGCUAUUUAAGAAGUGGGAGAAGAGUAUGCGAGACAUGUCGGACCGAGUCAAGGAACUUCCGGGAGGCAUCGAGGUGUUGAGUGCUCUACACGCAGGAGGCGUCCCAUUGGCACUGGCCACUUCCAACAGCAGAAGCGUCGUGGAGGCCAAGAUCAAGCACCACCCAAAGCUCUUCUCCUUCUUCUCCACGAUCGUGUGCGGUGACGACCCGGCUGUGAAGCGCGGCAAGCCAGCGCCCGAUAUUUUCCGCACCGCUGGCCAACGUCUCUUUGGCCUCAGAGAGGGAGAGGACGGUGACAAGCCGCCACAUUGCAUCGUAUUCGAGGACUCGGUGAAUGGCUACACUGCAGCUAACGCUGCGGGUAUGCACAGUAUUGCCAUCCCCGAUGUACGCAUUCAUUCGGACGAAGUACAGAGGGCGGAGCUUUUCGGCGAAGCGGAUGAGGUUAUCACGUCGCUCACCCAGUUCCAGAUAGGAAAUUACCUCUGGCAACUGUAA